AUGAAGACCUCCGCUACCAUGGCUCUUGCCGCCACUGCCACUGCCACUGCCACUACUGGCUUUUCAGGUGGUUACGGCAAUACCCUCGACUGGGUUCCCGAAUGCGGUAUCACCUGUGUUGAUUACGCUGUUAAAUCGCAGGGAUGUGAUCCCCUUCUUCAGGAAUGCUACUGUGGUUGGGGUUUCUUUACCCCUUGGAAGGAUUGCAUCUUGAAGACGUGCGAAAGGGAAGACUUGCCAAAUGGCUAUAUCUGGGGUAUCACUCGCUGUGACCCCAAGAGUUCUAUGUACGUCGCUGAUGGGGUCUACGAUUCAGAUUUAAAGGCCCUAGACGGAACGGUGGUCCCCCCUCUUCCCGCAACUCCCCCUGCCUGGUCUGCCUCGCCCACCUUCAUUUCCGACCCUGACUGGGCCUUGGAGACCCCUCGUAGUAUUAAGAGCAGCGUCCACUCCACAGCUACCGCCGCCGAGCCUGUCGCCGAGUCCACUGCAGUCGCCGAGCCUAUCGCCGUCGCUGAGCCCACUACUGUCGUUGUGGCCGUCUCUGAUGAGGUCAAGAAGAGAAGUAUUCUCACAGCAGCUGCUGCCGAGUCCACCACUAAGGCUUCCGUUACUAGCACCACAGCUACGUCGACCAAGCCUGCCACUGUUACUGACUCCGGCUCUGGAAUGACCAAGGUUGCCAUGGCCUCUGUUGGUUUGGCCUCGGUAGCGGUUAUGUUCCUCCUCAUGUAA